AUGUCUGGCAAGGACAUAGAACCCAACAUCUUCCCAACCCGCCAGGCUCUGGCGGGUAUGAAGUCAAAGCUCAAGGGUGCACAAACCGGCCACGACCUCCUCAAGCGCAAAUCCGAAGCUCUCACCAAACGUUUCCGCGAAAUCACCCGUCGGAUCGAUGAAGCUAAGAGGAAGAUGGGUAUGCACGAGACAUAUAUCAGAGUCUGGGUCCUACGCCGCGUAAUGCAAAUCGCCGCCUUCUCCCUCGCCGAAGUAACCUACGCAACCGGCUCCAACAGCAUCUCCUACCAAAUCACCGAAGGCGUCAAAUCCGCCAAAAUGCGCGUCCGAACCCAGCAAGAGAACGUCAGCGGUGUCUUCCUCCCCACAUUCGAAUCCUUCCAAACAGAGGGAGCAUCAGAAUUCGGGAUGACGGGGCUAGGGAAGGGAGGCCAGCAGGUUGCCAAGUGUAGGGAGACGUACACAAGAGCUGUGGAGACGCUGGUGGAGCUGGCGAGCUUGCAGACGGCAUUUGUGAUUUUGGAUGAGGUGAUUAAGAUGGUGAAUCGGAGAGUUAAUGCGUUGGAGCAUGUUAUUAUUCCGAGGGCUGAGAACACGAUCAAGUACAUCAACUCGGAACUGGACGAGCUGGAUCGAGAAGAGUUCUUCAGGCUGAAGAAAGUCAAGGGUGUCAAGGAACGAGCCGCGGCGGAAGAGGAGGCAGCACGACAGAAGGCGCUCAAAGCGCGGUUGGCGAAGGCACAGGGGAGUGAUAAGGAGAACGAUGAGGAAGAGGAGCAGAGUGGAGAGUCGAAGAAUAUACUGGGUGACGAGGGAGACGAGGAUGUAAUAUUCUGA